AUGGCACAUGUUACAGUUCCUGUCAUGCUGAUACUAAGCCUUUUCCAGUGUAAGAUGCUGCUUUCCACUAGCCUGACAAGCAGACAACCAAAUGUAGUGGAUGCACUUUGGCUACAUAAUGAUCUACGCAUUGCUAAACAUGAGUCUAGAAUUAUUCUGUUUUGGAACAAUAAUCUGACAGAAGAAGAAACAGAUAUAUACAAUGUGAAGUAUAUUUUGAGUUAUAAAUUCUUCAAUUCUGCUCAUGAAAAGAAAGAAAGACUGAAGAAGAAGGAAAAGAUAAUACAUCUUGAGUUAAAUUCUGGUUUUAGUGCUAAAGUUAAAACACUACUUUUUGAAAAAGGAACAGGAGACCUAAUUAAGGAGAGUAGCUGGACUGAAUUUACUUAUAAGGCACCUCCAGUGUAUGUUCAGAAUCUUUCAUGCAUCAUAUAUAACAUUUCUUUUUUCAAUUGCACCUGGCAUAUUAAAGCAGAAGCUCCUGAAGAUCUCCAGUUUUUUUUUUCAUAUAGACAUGUAAGAAAAGAUUUUGAAUGUCAGCGAUAUAUAAAAAAUGCAAGGGAGAAAAAUAUUGGAUGCCACAUGAAAGAAAUAUAUUUCAAACCAUCAAGAAAAAUCAAUUUAAACAUAUCUGUAAGAGAUCUGAGAAAUGAUUCAAGGAGACAGUCUUAUUAUAAAGCUUUUAUACCUCAGACAAUAGAGAAAUUGAAUCCUCCAGUCAACGUCUCAAUUUCCAUUGAAAACAGAAGUAUUAAAAUUCACUGGAAACCCCCACCUACUAUUGGUUCUGCAAAUAGCAAGUGCUUUAUGUAUCAAGUGAAAAUUACAGAUCGUAAGCCUGUAGAUGUCUCCGAAGAGAAAUAUGAGUAUCCUUUCCAUAAGCCACCAUACAAAUGUGCGGCACAAGUGAGGGCAAAGAAAGAGCUAUGCAUAACAAACAAGAUUUGGAGUGAAUGGAGUGAUCCAGUGUUUAUUGAUGAUGAAAAGACAGUGGACAUCACAAUGCUUAUCCUCAUCUUGUCUUCCCUUCUGAUUUUCUUUGGUUGUUUGCUGACACGUGCAUGUCGAAGGUACAGAUGCCUUGAAGCUAUAAGCACGCCUAUUCCACAGGCUUCAGAUAGAUUCAAAACUUGGUUAGCUGCAGAAGAGACUCACCACCAGAAACAGAUCUCAAUGCAAAUGGAAAUGCACUCAGAGACUGUGCUGGAAUUUCCAGAAGAAAACUGA